CAGAUUUUUUCAUAAACAAAUUUUUCCAGCCGAAACGACAGCACAUUUUAGUUCAGCGAAAUUCAAUUUUCAUUUCAAGUGAAAAAUAAUAAAAAUGUUUUAAUUAUUAACUUUAAUCUAUAAACAAUUCAAAUAACUAUGCAAAGUUAUAAAAUGUAUUGAUAUACUAUCAAAAAUAACAAAAGUUCUUUCGAACUUAAAUAGAAAUCGAUUUCCCCCAAAAACGACGAAGGAAAAAAAAAGCCAACCACACACGAACGUCUCCCAAUAUAUUGUGUGUCAACAAAAACAAAAAUGGCCACUACUGAAAUUUCCUCUUCCAAUGAACGACACUACUAUGGCAAACUAGAAGCUGUUAAAGAUAUUCGCGACAAAACCGUUCAGCUAGAAAAACUCAAAGUCAAAAUAAUCAAAGAAGUCAAAAUCAGCGAUGACGAAGAGAAAUGUCUCGAAGAGUAUCGCAAAGAAAUGGAACAUUUGUUGGAAGAAAAAAUGAGCCAUGUCGAAGAACUGCGACAAAUUCAUGCCGAUAUAAAUGACAUGGAAAAUGUCAUCAAGCAAACAAAAGAGAAUCAAACACGUUCCAUUGAUAUGGCCAAUCGCAUCUAUGAAGAAUAUCUCGCAAUGAAAUAUCAAAUCGAUCACAUGCGAAGAGACUAUCUUGGGUUGAGUCCACUUCGUGAUUUGCACGAAGAAGAAGGCUCUACCAUUUCGAAAGAUCGCUUCCAGGCGAAUUUCUUAAAAGCCCAAAAUGCUGCAGCAGCAACUUCGUCAUCGGCAUCGUCGCUAGCACGUCCGCAUCCCAGACAUCCAUUAUUGCCAGAAGCUACAAUCACAUCGUUGCCACCAUCCGGUCCACAGCAUGCAUUUAUGCCGCCGGCACCACCGCCGCCCUCGUCGGUGGGUGGUUCCGUGGCUCGAUUGAAUAAGAGCGAAUUUCCUCCGACAAAUCGUUUACAGCAGAGCCCAUCGAUUGGAAUGGGUCAUCCAACGUUUCGUUCGGAUUUCAAUGUGAAUCUCAGACAACAGCCACCACCGAUGAAAUCUUGUUUGUCUUGUCAUCAGCAGAUACAUCGUAAUGCUCCAAUUUGUCCAUUGUGCAAGGCGAAAAGUCGUUCACGUAAUCCUAAGAAGCCAAAAAAGAAAAAUAAUUGAUUGCAUUACCAUAUGAGGAAGAUGACGAAGAAGAAGACUACAGCAGAUGCAGUUGGUCAAUCCACAAUAAUAAUUCGUGGAAAGCAUUUUACUUAUAGAGUUAUAUUUUAAUCCACAUUUAAUAGAUUGUAAGUUUUAUGCGCGUAAAGUAUUAUUUUUAUUUUUCAUUUUUUUUAUUCUAACAU